GAUAGAGAAAGGAGACGAUAGUGAGAGAGAGAGAGAGAGAGGUGUAGCAGAGUUUGAAAUCCUUUGGAUUGCAUCAUCAGAAACAAGAGAUCACUAUGUCAAAGAAACGGGGGCUUUCGCUGGAGGAGAAGCGGGAGAAGAUGCUUCAGAUAUUCUAUGAGUCUCAAGACUUCUUCCUACUAAAGGAACUAGAGAAGAUGGGACCGAAGAGGGGUGUAAUUAGUCAGUCUGUGAAAGAUGUUAUCCAGAGUUUAGUCGAUGAUGAUCUUGUCGCGAAAGACAAGAUUGGAAUUUCUAUCUACUUUUGGAGCCUUCCCAGCUGUGCUGGCAAUCAACUUAGGAGUAUUCGUCAGAAACUUGAAUCUGAUCUUCAGGGUAGUAACAAAAGGCUAGCAGAACUUGUUGAUCAGUGUGAGGCCCUAAAGAAGGGAAGGGAAGAAUCGGAGGAACGAACAGAGGCCUUGACGCAACUUAAAGAUAUUGAAAAGAAACACAGAGAGCUGAAGAACGAGAUGGUACAAUUUGCUGACAAUGAUCCAGCUACUUUGGAAGCAAUUAGGAAAGCAAUUGAAGUUGCUCACCAGUCGGCUAACAGAUGGACAGAUAACAUCUUCACAUUGAAACAAUGGUGUUCAAACAACUUCCCCCAGGCCAAGGAACAGCUAGAACAUCUAUACACGGAGGCCGGAAUCACUGAGGACUUUGAUUACAUUGAGUUAUCUUCAUUCCCGUUGAGCUCAUCACAUGAAGAUGAUACUGCAAGGCAGCUAAAGAACAUGGGAGCUGACUUUGUUUUUCUCAUCCUUUUUGGCGUCAUAGCCACUGCCAUUGUAGUUCAUGGCCAAGGCCAAGCAGGUUUCAUCAGCAUAGAUUGUGGGUCACCCCCUAAUAUAAACUAUGUAGACACUGAUACUGGUAUCAGUUACACCUGGGAUGCACCUUUUAUAAACGCUGGAGUUAAUGUGAACGUCUCUGAAGAAUAUGGUUACCCGAAAAACCCGGUUUUGCCUUUCCCACUUGCUGAUGUCAGAUCUUUUCCUCAAGGAAACAGGAACUGUUACUCCUUAACCCCCUCCGAUGGAAAAGGGAAUCUUUAUCUCAUCAGAGCUUCGUUUAUGUAUGGAAACUACGAUGGUAAAAAAGCUUUGCCUGAGUUUGAUCUCUACGUAAACGUGAAUUUCUGGACCUCAGUGAAAUUCGGAAAUGCUUCUGAGAACGUCAUCAAGGAGAUCCUCAGCUUUGCAGAGUCAGAUACAAUAUAUGUUUGCCUUGUGAACAAAGGUAAAGGAACUCCUUUUAUUUCAGCUUUGGAGCUCCGGCCAAUGAACAGCUCAAUCUAUGGUACUGAGUUUGGAAGAAAUGUCUCAUUGGUACUCUAUCAAAGAUGGGAUACAGGAUAUUUGAAUGGAACAGGACGGUACCAGAAGGAUACAUAUGAUCGUAUUUGGUCUCCUUACUCUCCAGUCUCUUGGAAUUCAACGAUGACUACUGGGUAUAUCGACAUUUUUCAGUCUGGUUAUAGACCACCAGAUGAAGUUAUUAAGACAGCUGCUUUGCCUAAAAGUGAUGAUGAACCAUUGGAAUUGUCCUGGACAUCAGGCGAUCCAGAUACCCGGUUCUAUGCGUACCUUUAUUUUGCAGAACUCGAAAAUCUCAAGAGGAAUGAGAGCAGAAAAAUCAAGAUCUUCUGGAAUGGGUCGCCUGUUUCAGGAGCUUUCAAUCCAUCUUCUGAGUAUUCGAUGACAGUGUCUAAUUCGCGAGCUUUCACUGGUAAAGAUCACUGGAUUUCUGUUCAGAAGACCGCAGAUUCAACACGUCCACCAAUACUCAAUGCUAUUGAGAUAUUUACAGCACAAUCUCUGGAUGAAUUUUCCACCACAAUUGACGACGUUAAAGCCAUAGAAAGCAUAAAAGCAACGUAUAAAGUGAAUAAGAUUUGGACUGGUGAUCCUUGCUCUCCCAGACUCUUCCCUUGGGAAGGUAUUGGAUGCAGCUACAACACUUCUAAUUAUCAAAUCAAGUCCUUGGAUUUAUCAAACAACAACCUCAGAGGAAAUGUACCGGAGUUUUUGGCUGAUCUAAAAUAUCUGAAGUUCCUGAAUUUGAAAGGAAAUAACUUGACUGGGUUUAUCCCAAGAUCUCUUAGGAAAAGAUCAACGGCUAAUGGACUUGCACUCAGUGUCGAUGAACAAAACAUUUGUCACUCACGUUCAUGUCGGGACGGGAACAGAAUCAUGGUGCCAAUUGUUGUAUCCACAUUAGUGAUUAUUCUCAUUGCCGCCUUGGCUAUCAUAUGCAUCAUGCGAAGGGAAAGCAAAAUAAGAGUCUAUUCAGGACCACUUCUGCCUUCGGGAAAGAGAAGGUUCACAUAUAGUGAAGUCUCUAGCAUUACAAACAACUUCAAUAAAGUGAUCGGUAAAGGAGGGUUUGGUAUUGUGUACCUCGGUUCCCUUGAAGAUGGAACUGAAAUUGCUGUAAAGAUGAUCAACGAUUCUUCAUUUGGAAAAUCUAAAGGAUCAUCGUCAUCAUCAUCAUCCCAUGUUUCCAAAGAAUUCCAAGUCGAGGCGGAGCUUCUUUUGACAGUGCAUCACCGGAACUUAGCUUCAUUUGUUGGAUACUGCGAUGAUGGUCGUAGUAUGGCUCUCAUCUACGAGUACAUGGCAAAUGGCAACUUGCAAGAUUAUCUUUCAAGUGAGAAUGCAGAGGAUCUUAGCUGGGAAAAGAGACUCCAUAUAGCCAUAGACUCUGCACAAGGGUUGGAGUAUCUACAUCAUGGAUGCAGGCCACCAAUAGUACACAGAGACGUUAAAACAGCAAACAUUCUAUUAAACGAUAACUUGGAAGCCAAGAUCGCUGAUUUCGGGCUUUCUAAGGUCUUCCCCGAGGAUGAUCUCAGCCACGUCAUGACUGCUGUCAUGGGCACUCCUGGCUAUGUCGAUCCUGAGUACUACAACACGUUUAAGCUAAACGAGAAGAGCGACGUUUACAGCUUCGGGAUCGUCCUCCUUGAACUCAUAACCGGAAGGAGAUCAAUCAUGAAAACUGACGAUGGAGAAAAAAUGAGCGUUGUCCACUACGUGGAGCCUUUCCUCAAAAUCGGAGACAUAGAUGGCGUCGUGGAUUCACGGCUUCACGGCGAGUUCUCCUCAAACUCGGCUUGGAAAUUUGUAGAAGUGGCAAUGUCUUGCGUCAGAGACAGAGGAACCAACAGACCAUCAACGAACCAGAUCGUGUCUGAUCUGAAACAGUGCUUAGCCGCCGAGCUGGCUCGUGAACCAGGGAGCCAUCAUGAGAAGAAAGUAGUGAAAGAGAAGUACACGAAGACGGAGUCGACGAUUCAGAAUUAUAGCAGCAAUGAAUAUAAUAGCUCGUCUGGAUCGGUUUCGCUUACUUUUGGAGAUUACUCCACGUUUGGUCCAAUGGCAAGGUAGUGUGAGAAAUAACUCAAAGGUUUGAUU